ACCAAGAGCUAAGGGCAUAUCUGGACAAGGCACCCCCACCAGGCUUGCCAGCCGAGACCAUCAAGGAUUUGAUGCACCAGUUUCUAAGAGGCCUAGAUUUCCUUCAUGCAAAUUGCAUCGUUCACCGAGAUCUGAAGCCAGAGAACAUUCUGGUGACAAGUGGUGGAACAGUCAAGCUGGCUGACUUUGGCCUGGCCAGAAUCUACAGCUACCAGAUGGCACUUACACCCGUGGUUGUUACACUCUGGUACCGAGCUCCCAAAGUUCUUCUGCAGUCCACAUAUGCAACACCUGUGGACAUGUGGAGUGUUGGCUGUAUAUUUGCAGAGAUGUUUUGUCGAAAGCCUCUCUUCUGUGGAAACUCUGAAGCUGACCAGUUGGGCAAAAUCUUUGACCUGAUUGGGCUGCCUCCAGAGGAUGACUGGCCUCGAGAUGUAUCCCUGCCCUUUGAUGCUUGUCUAGUCAUGUCUUGUGGAAAUUUACAGGACCAAAGACAGCUCUGUCUGCACAAGUGCCAGAGCAGACACCAGCAGCUCCGCCUCUGCCACGCCACCUCCACUGCUAGCACAGGCGUUGCACAGGAACACCACAGCCCCACUCCCCGGUACCCCACCAGCCCGAUGUGCCUGCCACUCGCUGUGCUGCCUCAGCUGCUGACGUGUUAA